AUGAUGAAUUUAGAAUUACAAGAUAGUAUUGACUCUAACAAACUUGUUGGAUAUUAACCUGUCACAGAUAGGCUACAUAAAAAAAUGUCAGUUAAAUUUAGAAGGGAAACAUAAGAAGUUGUUUAUUCUCCUGAUAAUAAUGAGAGGUAAUUGUUUAGAAGUACCUCACGUAAUAAAUUUGAGAGUAAUUAAAGUAAUGUACAAGAAAAUACUCCUAAGUUACUUAAAUAAAAUUCUAUGAAUAAAAUGAAUAUUUACACCAAUGCAGUUAAUGUUCCUCCAUUUAUUAAAGAAAAUGGAUUUUUUCAAAGAAAAAAAACUUUUGAAGCCUUUGUUAAAGAUGGUGAUAAGCUACUUAAAAAUAAAGACGAUGUAAAAAGUGCAUUAUUAGAAAAAAUAGAACAAAAAAUGAACAGAAUAAAAUAUAUAUCGAAUAAUAAUUAAGAUACAAAUGAUGAAAUAAUUUAUUAAGAAUAUAAAAGACUGAAUUCUAACAAAUCAAAUGGAAUUAUUCUUACAAACUAAUUUUGGAGCAAAAAUUAUUAUGAUUAUAUCAUUAAAAGGUCUAAAGUAAAAAAUGACUUAGAUUAACUGAAGCAUAAGAAAAAAAUGGAACCAACUCCGCAGCUAUUAGAAAAUUUUAAUAAUUAUUUUAUGGAUAAAUUUAUUAAAAAUGCUGAUGAGGAUUUCAUUUUAGAUGAAUUUAAAAAAAAAGAUUCUAAUGCAACAUCUGAGUUUAUUUCACACAGCUAAAAGAUCAGUAAUUCAAAUAGUUAAGAUACUCCUUUAAAUAAUCUUUCAAGUAUUAAAAAUAGUAAUUUAACUAAUAUCAGUACUUUUGGACAAGCUCAAAAUAAUUCUAUUAUUCAAAGGCAUAAAUUAAUAUCUCCUUUUUAAUCUAGAAGAAUAAAUAGUUUUUCCAAUGAAUUCAAGUCUAAUGCUUCCAUCAAAAACUAAGAAUAAUUAUUUUAAAAAAUAAUAAAAGGACCUAAAGAGUUUGAAAAACUACAAAAUUUUUAAACUAUAUCCAAAUAGAACUAAUAAAAAGAAAUUUAAAGUAAUAUAAAUCAAACUCCAAGCGAAAGAACUGGAUCAAUCCUUAACACAUCAGAAAAUAUUUCUGUUCUAGCAGGAUAAUAAGCUAAUAAUGGAUAGCAUAGAAUAAGAAAGUCUUCAAGCUAAAUAAGUUUAGAUUAAAAACCAGCUUUAACAUUCUUUGAAGAACAAAUGAAAGAAAUAUUAGCAAAGUAAGAAAAUAAAAAAAAAAAUUAGUAUGCCACUCUUGACUUUUACCUCUAAGUUGUUAAAGAAAUUGAUCAAAAAAGAUUUUCAAAAACUGAUAAAGAAAUGAUUCAAGAUUAAUAAGUUAAGCAUAACCUUUUGAAGGAAACAUAAAAAAUGAAGCAUUAAAGAUCUUAAUCAUAAAUGAACAAUCUUAAAAACUAAAAAAAUUUCAAAUUCGAAAGUCCCUACUCUAUUUAAAACUUAAACUAUAACUAUUCUUCUAGACACAGCUUAAGAUCUAGAUAGCUAUAAAAUAACGAAGAGAGAGGAAGUAUGUAGAGUCUUUUUUCAGCUUCUAACCAAGAUAGAUUUUCAAGCAUAAUGCUAAAUGAUGAAGAAAAUGAAAAAGAGAUACUAAGAGAGGGAAUGGGGAAACUAAUACAGACAUGCGAACAGUUCCAUCACGAAAAUAUAAAUAUUAUGGCUGUUAUAGAUAAAGCUUAGUAAUUAAAAGAUUAAAAGAAAAUAAUUAAAUAGGAAAUGAAAAAGAAAUAAGAUAUUUUAAAUAAUUUAAAUGCUUUGAUUCAAAGGAAAGAAAAAGAAAAAAAGCAACAAGAUCCAAGAAUUAGACUAUAAAAAAAUAAAAAAAGUAAGUAUUAUUAUGUUGAUGAUGAUUGA